AUGUCGCAACCCUCGGAGCUCGCUAAGAAACGAGCUGAAGACUACAAGAGAUUCAAGCUCUAUGCAGCCGUUGGGAUUGGCGUUGCUGCUCCAAUACUCAUUGCCCUGCCUCCUCGAAAGCUCGACGUGUACACGGCUGCCCUAGUAACGGCAUGCGUCGCCUCAGUAGACUACCUUCUGACGGAACGGACGGGCAAAGGCAUACUCUCGCAGAUGGCAACCUUGGUUCCAGCAAAGCCAACCCUUCUCAAUGACCUUCCGACGAAAAAAGCCGAAGAGUUAAAUGAACGGAUGCGGAUUGCGAGAAUUCAGGAGCAAGAAUUAGAGAGGCUACGAGGUAGCAUGCUUGGUGAAGAAGAAGAGGAGGAAGAAAAACCCAGCUUGAGAAAGAGUAUUAGAAAGUUCUGGAUGGGCAGGGAGACUGAAGGAUGGAUAGAGAGGAGGCGGGAGGAAGAAAGAAAAGCCCUGGCGGAAGGGAAAUCAUAUUCUGAGAUAAUGAUGGACUAUUUUCGAGAUGCCUGGAGGCUGGAUGAGGGCCGCGAGCAAGGCGGCAACACAGAGAAGAACCCGGUCGAGCAGCAAGAGGUGCAGCCGGUCGAGCAGAACGAGAAAGAUUCAACAAGCUAG